UAUAUAAACCCUCCAUACAUCCUCAUAACAGAUCCUCACCAGUUGUUUCUGGUAUUUUCUCAAACAUUCUUCAAUCUUUUCAUCUCUCCUCAGACCCGAUCGAUCUAUCUUCUUGCUCCGUUCCCUCUUUCAAGAACUGGCUAACACACAGGAACCACUUGUGGAGGAAACUAACAAGAACCAAGAGGUGGUUCUUGCCCUCUAUGAGGCCUUAAACACUCGAGACGUCGAAACUGUUCACAAAAUCCUUGCCCCUGACCUUGAAUGGUGGUUCCACGGUCCCCCGACUCACCAGUUUUUGAUGCGCCUGCUCACCGGUGCUUCAUCCUACGAUUCUUUCCGUUUCGAGGUUGAUCCCCUUUCGGUUACCACCUUUGGGCCCACCGUCAUCGUCGAAGGCUGCGAUCACAGCCGUUCAAUCUCUUGGGUUCACGCUUGGACCGUAACCGAUGGGAUAAUUACCCAAGUGAGGGAAUACUUGAACACUUCUCUCACCGUUACUCGCCUUGGAAACUCUACCCAAUCUCCACCGUCCGACUACAAUCCUCCAUCAUCAUCAUCAUCAUCGACGGGUGAGAUUACCUCGGUGCAUUGCCCUUCCGUCUGGGAGAGCAGCUUUUCCAACAGGGUUGGAAAAUCCGUGCCGGGUCUUGUCCUGGCAAUUUAGUCAUUUCACUAUCAUAUAUCUCUCUGAUCAGGUGCAGCCGUGAGUAGGAAUAAAAUAAAAUAAAAGGAGUACUUUCGUGUCAGAUCCGUAUUGGUCUUCUACUUGCGGAUGCACUAAAAAACAGUGUCGCUUAAGGAGAGAGAGAGAGAUCAAAAAUGUGAAUUUGGUUAGGACCCUGUUUGGUAGGGUCAUAUUAUUAUCUGUUUCUACAUAGGUUUGCUUUGGUGUCUGUUUCAUUUGGUAUUGUGUUACUUUGCCAAUGUAUGUGCCACUGUGUUUGGUGAGUCGUCUGUCCUUUUGUCCAAUAAGACUUCGCUAUUUUAAAAAAGGAAUUCGUGUUGGUUUUCUUAUUAAUACAUUUCAUGUGUCUUUAUCAUUUAAUUAGACCUCAUUGUAAUUAAUUAGGAUAUUUCUUAGCUAGGAACCAUCCUUUUGGUCUACUUGUUAGCAAAAGUAUUGACGUGAAACACUCGACAUUAAUAGGACUUGAAAUUAUCUACUACUAAUUGAUAUGAUAAUUGCUAUGCUAUGGGAUGA